AAGACCUAUAUAUACAGCCUCAUACCAUUCUGUUAAAAUCCCUUUAAUAGCUUAAAGCAGACCGAUUCGAUCUUCUGUUUACCGACCAUUGUUCCCUGGCAGCUAUUCUUGCAACUCCCAAACUUCUACUUCCUAUUUCCUGAAUAUGAGCUCGGCUGGACGCAAAGGCACGCGGCAAACGAUGGCUUUCCCUCCUGUCGUACUCGACACGACCUUGUCUGAUUUAUUUGCAGAACAGCAUGAGAGAGCUGUAUUGGCCUAUUGCGCUACCGACGAUCUGCCCCCAAUACUUCCGUCGAUUCCACAUUCCCAGAAAUUUAUAUACAGUGGGCUGCCCCUUGUCGAAGGGGACGCAGUCGGGCUGGUGCUCCGGUGCAAGGGCUAUCCGCAGCAUUUGGGCUUCAUCGCUGGAAACAUACCUAUCUACUUUUUGGAGUAUCCCGAGACACCCGCCGCUAGUCUCAAAACAUUCUGCUAUGAAUUUGAACGCGUAUACGAUGCGCUGCGUGAAGACCAACGUCCAGAGACACACCGCAUAAAACACCCAUCCAAGCUUUCUCUCCCCGAAAACGCUGGAAUUGUGACGGUGCGAAGCCAAGACAGCCUGGCUCACCUUCCAUCCUUGGUCGAUCCUGAAGUACAAUAUGACCUGAGCUCGAAGAGGGCGCUUGCGAUUUCCGGGAUUCCCACGCCAAAGACAGAGAUUAUCGACUCGAUUCUCAGCCCUGACCAGGUGCUAGACAAAGACACGAUAGGCAAAGAAGUGGCGCGCUUAAUUUCGAAGGCUCAAGUCUGGGAGCCCCCAUUUAUUCUGAAACUACAAUAUUCUGCCGCUUCAGGGGGCACUUUUGUGGUGCGCUCCAAGGAAGACUGGGACAAUUGUGUUUGUACUGUCACAGACGAGCUCCAUCUCAUCCUGCGCCAGCUCAACCGUGAAAAUCAUGGGUUCCAACCGGCAAGCCUUUUAUUACAGGAAUUCAUUCCUGGGGAAUCAAUUGGAAUUUCCUUUUUUGUCACAAAGGAAGGCACAGCCAUCUUUUUAGGGGCUUGUGGGCAGUUGUUCGGUGAAGACAAGCUUUGGAUUGGUGCCAGCAUCUCCUACAAAGAACAGGACCGGAUAUAUCGCGAGAACAAAAGCAUCUUAGACUGCACCGCUCGCUACGCUCAUGCGCAAGGCUACUUCGGGCCAUUCGGCAUUGACGUGAUGAGAGAUAAGAACGGUGAGCCUCUGGUGAUUGACUUGAAUCCACGGUCAACUGGGGCAACGCCUCUGUGCCUACUGCGACAGCACCUCUCGGUCAAAAGGGGCCUCCACGAAGCGACACUCCUGAUGCCUAUUCUCUUGGACGUCAAGUGGGCCGAGUUCACAGAUGUGUUCAGGGAUGAGCUCUUUUCUGGUCAACUGAUUGUCACCUCAUGGAAUCAGGUACCGGAGAAGAGAUAUAGCGUAGCCGGCGUCGUUAUAGCUGCCGAAACAAAGGCCGGGCUUCAGGCCGGGAUUCUGAAAGUUAAAACAUUCAACGUCAAUGAAUAGGGUGCAGGGGGGGUAGUGGAAAUCGUGUGACAGAUGACACAAUAGCUGCGAGGGAAUCUGGGGCUCAGCGUUGAAUGUGGAUAGUAAAAAUGACAAAUGAUCACCCAAGUCAAAGUCCCGAG